AUGUUUUCUUGUGAGGACUCAUCAUUAUCACCAAUACACAACAACAACAACAGUACACAACCACCCAAUGACAAUUUCUAUGCAGUGGACGAGAAGAAGAUUAAAAUAUGUUUUGUAAUGAUUGAUGGUAUCGGAGAGGUUAAUUCCAAGCGUUUGGAUGGAAAGACGACAUUGCAAAGUGCCCAUACUCCGAAUAUGGAUUUAUUAGCCAAAACGGGAAUGAAUGGCCUUAUGGAUCCUGUCCAACCAGGCUUAGCAUGUGGAUCUGAUACAGCACAUAUGAGCAUUUUCGGUUAUGAACCACGACUUCACUACAAAGGAAGAGGAAGUUUCGAAACCAUUGGAGCAGGUUUAGACAUGAGCCCUGGAGAUAUUGCUUUUAAAUCUAAUUUUGCUACUUGGAACCCACAAACAAACAUUGUUGAAUUGAGAAGAGCAGACCGUCAUUUUGAAGAUAUUGGCCCAAUACUUUGUGAUUACAUUGAAAAAAGAUGUGAAGAAGGAGGAUUUAAUGCCAAUCAUGAUUGUAUUGUCUCUGUGAAAUAUGCCACCGAGCAUCGAUGUGGUGUGAAAGUUUCUGGUAAAAACUUGAGUGGAGAUAUUACAGGUACAGAUCCACUUGUUGAUAAUUUGGAACUUGUAAAAUGCGAACCUGUCAAAGGUCUGAAAGGAAAAGAAUUGGAAAAUGCCCAAAGAACAAGCAACUUGGUGAAUGAUUUGUCACAUUUUAUUUAUGAACAACUUGUACAUCAUGAUAUUAACAAGCAACGAAAAAAAGAAGGAAAGAAUGAGGCCAACAUUAUUUUAUUGAGAGGAUGUGGCGUUUGCAUUGACGUUCCACCUUUUUCUGUGAGACAUCCAGGUUUACGACCUGUUAUGGUUGCUCCAACUGCUAUUAUCGCUGGUCUUGGCAAGAGUAUUGGAAUGGAUCUUAAAAAGGUAGAAGGAGCUACAGGUGAUUACAGAACUAAUCUCCAAAAGAAAGGUUCUGGAUUUUUGAAGUAUUUACUGGGAGAGGACGAGCCAGGAAAUGAAAACAAGUAUAAUUUUGGAUUUUGCCACAUUAAGGCAGUUGAUGAUACUGGCCAUGAUGGAAAUUUCAACCUUAAAAAAGAAUUUAUUGAAAAAUCAGAUCAAAUGAUUGGAAUGUUAAUGCAAGAGUUUGAGAAACGAAAACAAAGAGCUGUUUUUAUCGUGACAGGAGAUCACACAACACCCUGCUACUAUUUGGAUCACAGUUUUGAACCUGUCCCAUUAAUUAUUUCUGCGAACUAUUUGAAUUUGGAAAAGCAUCCAGAGCUUGCUGACACUGUGCAGUCUUUUGACGAAGUGUAUGCCAAAGGAGGAUUGGGUCGAUUUACCGGUAAACAAGUAUUCGACAUAGUAAGAGAGUACAUUAACAUCACAACCAGUCAAGAAGAUUUCAUGAAAUUUUAA